AAGACGAAAUCAUUUCUUUGAUUUUGAAACCAGAUCGCCUUCUCCUUUUCCCUCGUUUCAAACCCCUCACUGUCACUCCCUCACUAAUGAACUUCACAGAACCCUAGCCUUAUCGUUCUCUCAAAUCCCAGUUGAUUACAGCCUUAGUCACAAAUGCAAGACAUCCUUGGAUCAGUUCGCCGAUCCUUAGUGUUCCGGUCCACUUCCAGGGACGAUGGUGGAGGUUUCGGAGGCCUGGCCGAGAAGAUUGGCACCAGCAUCCGCAAAUCGCGGAUCGGUUUGUUCUCGAGGUCGCCGGUACCAGCACUUCCGCCGAUCAGGAAGGACGAUACGCCUCCGAUCCGGUGGAGAAAGGGCGAGUUGAUUGGGUGUGGUGCUUUUGGUCGCGUCUAUAUGGGCAUGAAUCUCGAUUCUGGAGAGCUUCUCGCCGUGAAACAGGUUUUAAUUGCGGUAAAUAGUGCAUCGAAGGAGAAAACACAGGCUCAUAUCCAAGAGCUUGAAGAGGAAGUGAAGCUUCUCAAAAAUCUUUCACAUCCAAACAUUGUUAGAUAUUUGGGAACUGCUAGAGAGAAUGACUCAUUGAAUAUAUUACUGGAAUUUGUUCCAGGUGGAUCCAUUUCAUCACUUUUGGGAAAAUUUGGAUCUUUCCCCGAGUCUGUCAUAAGGAUGUAUACUAAACAGCUAUUGUUGGGACUUGAAUACCUCCACAAAAAUGGAAUUAUGCAUCGGGAUAUAAAGGGGGCAAACAUUCUUGUUGAUAACAAGGGGUGCAUUAAACUUGCUGACUUCGGUGCAUCAAAGAAAGUUGUUGAAUUGGCCACCAUAAACGGUGCCAAGUCGAUGAAGGGUACUCCAUAUUGGAUGGCUCCUGAGGUUAUCCUACAGACUGGCCAUAGCUUCUCUGCUGAUAUAUGGAGCGUUGGAUGUACUGUAAUUGAGAUGGCUACUGGAAAGCCUCCAUGGAGUCAACAGUAUCAGGAGGUUGCUGCUCUCUUCCAUAUUGGGACAACUAAAUCUCAUCCUCCUAUUCCUGAGCACCUCUCUGCUGAGGCAAAGGAUUUUCUUUUGAAAUGUUUACAAAAGGAACAAGAUUUAAGGGCUUCAGCAUCAGAUCUGUUGCAGCAUCCAUUUGUCACUGGAGAGUAUCAGGAAGCUCAUGCUGUAUUCCGCAAUUCAGUUAUGGAAUCUGGGAAUCUAGCUACAACUCCUGACAUGAAUCUCAAGAGCUCCUUGAACUCUAUAAUUAGAAGGUCAACCCGCCCAGGCCUAAAGGAUGUCUGUGAGAUCAGUAGUGUGCGGUGCUCUAGUGUAUUUCCUGAAAGUCUUUCAAGAGCAGGAUCUUCCUGGGAAGCUGGCAGAUUUGAUGAUGAUAUGUGCCAGAUUGAUGAUAAAGAUCUUUUGGUCGGGGCAUCUACAAGAUUCAACUCUGCCAUAGAGUCGGCUGAUUUAAAUAAGAGCUUCAAUCCUAUGUGUGAACCCACUGAUGAAUGGGCUUGCAAGUUCGAUGAAAGUCCAGAGAUGAAGGGAAGCGGAAUGAACUCACCUUUUGGUCAAAUAAAUCAUGGGGAUAGUGAUAAUCCUCGUGUAUCUGGUAACAGGGGGAAUGACUUCACAUUUCCAUGUGGGCCAUUGGUAGCUGAGGACGACGAGGAAGUCACAGAGUCAAAAAUUAGAGCCUUUUUGGAUGAAAAGGCUUUAGAUCUGAAGAAGUUGCAAACACCGCUUUAUAAAGCGUUCUAUGGCACAUUGAAUGCAGCAGGCACUCCAAGUGCUCUUGGAAAUACGAAAAAUGAAAACAUCACAAAUUGUUCAAACUUACCUCCCAAAAGCAAGUCACCCAAACGAUUGCCAAGCAGAAGACUCUCUGCAGUUGUUGAUGCUGCCAACACAAUAGGCUCUGCCCAUCACACGGAUUGUUCAGCAAAUGGUAGCAGUUUGCAUGACCGAGCUUUGCAAGAAAUUCAGUCUCCUCAGCUUAGUGAGUGGAAAGAGCUUAUUCUAGACACCCAGCCGGAAACAAUUAGUUCUAGUGCAAGCUUCAAUGAGAGACAAAGGAAAUGGAAAGAAGAACUUGAUGAAGAACUCCAAAGAAAACGAGAGAUUAUUCGACAGGCAGCUCUUGGAGGAAAGACGUCAUCUCCGAACGAUAGAGUUUUAAUUCGACAGAGAGAGCGACUGCACUUUGCUGUCUCCGGCAAGUAAUGUAUGUACCCUCACUGCACUUGCAAUGGUAUUCAAUGGUUAAACCCAUGUCUUUCCUUGGGAGUUUUACAGUAUGCAGGUCUAUAUUCAAAAAUGAUGUCUAAUAAAUAUAAUAGUCAACUUGCAGCAUCAUGAGGGGCCAUCUGUGUAAUCUCCAGUUUAAUGUAUAAUCUAUUUUGUUUGUCUAAUACUUUUCAUAUUAUGAGUAUCUCUGCAUUAUGUUUUUCUUGGUCCACCUCUCCAAAGAGCUGAGUUGGUGUAAUUUCUUGUACACUGGAAAAUGAUAUAGAAGUUAUCUUUUGAGCUUGCUA